CGAUUCGGAUUAACAUUUGCAAACAAACGCUCGUAUUAACGCGUGUUUUCUCCUCCUCCCGCUCGAAUCGCCUCUUAGUAUUUCAUUUCCGUUCUUUUGCACUCCGAAUCACAUCUUCAUCUGAUUCUAUUUCUUCGCAAUCAGAUUUCAAAGGAAAGGAAAAGGAAUAUAAGACGAGAUCUAUCCCUACAGUUAGUUUAUGAAGUCAGGAAAUUACAAUGGAAGAAGAACCUCAAGAAACGGGGAAAAUUUCUAGCACGGAUACUGAGGGGACAAGCAGAAGCAGCGCCACAUCGCCGUCGGAUGAUGUAGCUGGCAAUGCAGCUGAAUUGGGAGAUGACCUCGUCUCACAAGGUGUGAGCUCCUCGAAUCUGAUUGGUGAAGAUUGGGUUGGAUCACCCCGCGAUGAAGAAGACAGUUUUGAACAGGUGUCUCUGAAAGAUCAUGAUGGGGCUAUGCCAGGUCGUCUGGCUGAUGCGGCUCCUAUCCAGUUGUCGGAUGUGGAUAACGUGAGCCAGGCCCCUGAUUCUUCUUUGGGUAAAACAGUGGCUGAAUUGGACGUCACUCUGGCUGCUGAUACGCAGGACAACCCCAGCGCAGGCCCUGGUUCGGCAAAAUUCUCUGAUCAGGGUGGUAAGCCAUCAUUGUCUUCAGUUAGCUUCGAUUCUUCCUCAGGUUUCUAUGGAGACAUUGAAUUCUCUUCUCCAGUAGGGUCACCCCAGAAACCAAAAAUCAAACCUGUCAUGCCCAACGUGUCCCCGGAGCUCUUGCAUUUGGUUGAUUCAGCUAUCAUGGGGAAUCCUGGGUGCUUAGAGAAGCUGAGAGGUGUUGUCUCUGGCAAGGAGAAUCUUGGAACGGAAGAAGGUGAAUUAGAGAGCCUGUCUCUGGCGGUGGUCAACUCACUUCUUGUUACGAUGGGUGGGGUCGAAUGUUUUGAUGAGAGUGGAGAUGGGAACCCUCCGAGCGUGAUGUUGAAUGCCAGGGCUGCUGUUGUGGCUGGUGCACUGGUCCCUUGGCUUCCUUGGGAGAGAGAUUCUGUUGGAUACAUGUCCCCCAGGACACGGAUGGUUAGAGGGCUGCUUGUGAUUUUGAGGGCGUGCACGAGAAACAGAUCGAUGUGCUCGGCGUCUGGUCUCCUAGGAGUUCUUUUAGGGUCAGCAGAAAAUAUCUUUACGAAAGCCAAUUCGGAUGGGCAGAUGCUUUGGGAUGCUACCCCUUUGUGUCAUUGUAUUCAGAUUUUAGCUGCGCACUCCCUCUGUGUAGUUGAUUUGCACAGGUGGCUUCAGGUGAUUACAAAAACUCUUUCUACAUCCUGGGCUAUGCAUCUGAUGCUUGCAUUGGAAAAUGCCAUGGGAGGAAUGGAAACGAGAGGCCCUGCCUACACUUUUGAGUUUGAUGGUGAGAGCUCUGGCUUACUUGGCCCAGGAGAGAGCCGCUGGCCGUUCUAUAAUGGGUAUGCAUUCGCGACAUGGAUCUACGUAGAAUCAUUUGCAGAUACUCUCAAUACUGCUACGGCUGCCGCUGCUAUAGCUGCUGCUGCUGCUGCCAGGUCUGGGAAAUCCUCAGCUAUGUCAGCUGCAGCUGCUGCGAGUGCACUUGCUGGCGAAGGUACAGUUCACAUGCCACGGCUGUUUAGUUUCUUGUCGGCUGAUAAUCAGGGUUUGGAGGCCUACUUUCAUGCACAGUUUUUGGUGGUUGAAAGUGGUAGCGGCAAGGGAAAGAAAGCUUCCUUGCAUUUCACUUAUGCGUUCAAGCCACAAUGCUGGUAUUUUAUUGGUCUGGAGCAUACUUGUAAACAGAGUCUACUUGGGAAAGCGGAGAGUGAGCUGAGAUUGUAUGUAGAUGGCACUCUGUAUGAAAGCCGUCCUUUUGAGUUCCCUCGGAUCUCCAAGCCUCUAUCGUUUUGCUGCAUUGGGACGAACCCUCCUCCCACCAUGGCUGGCUUGCAACGCCGUAGGCGCCAGUGCCCCCUGUUCGCUGAGAUGGGGCCCAUAUAUAUCUUUAAGGAACCAAUUGGUCCAGAGAGGAUGGCUCGUUUGGCUUCUAGGGGAGGAGAUGUGCUGCCUUCUUUUGGGAAUGGUGCAGGCUUACCAUGGCUUGCAACAAAUGACCAAAUCCGGACUUUGGUGGAAGAAAGUUUGCUCCUGGAUUCAGAAAUUGGAGGAAGUCUGCACCUUCUCUAUCAUCCAAAUUUGCUUAGUGGCCGUUUUUGUCCUGAUGCUUCCCCUUCUGGUGCGGCAGGAACUCACCGGAAACCUGCCGAGGUUCUUGGGCAGGUUCAUGUUGCUGCUCGAAUACGCCCAGUAGAGUCAUUGUGGGCCUUGGCUUAUGGCGGUCCAAUGUCUUUGCUACCACUGGCAGUAAGCAAUGUGCAAAAAGAUAGCUUGGAGCCCCAGCAAGGGGAGUUUGCUUUGUCUCUGGUCACCGCUUCUCUGGCUGCCCCAAUAUUCAGAAUUAUUUCCAUGUCUAUUCAACAUCCUGGAAAUAAUGAGGAGUUGUGUCGCACCCGAGGGCCUGAGGUUCUGUCAUUAAUACUACACUAUUUGUUGCAAACUCUUUCUACAUUGGAUCACGGAAAUAAAAUUGGAGUAAGAGAAGAGGAACUUGUUGCUGCAAUUGUAUGUCUAUGUCAAUCUCAGAGAAAGAAUCAUGCACUGAAAGUGCAACUUUUCCGUACUUUGCUGUUGGAUUUGAAGAUGUGGAGUUUAUGCAAUUAUGGACUACAGAAGAAGCUUCUUUCUUCACUUGCGGACAUGGUUUUCACUGAGUCAUCAGCUAUGCGAGAUGCUAAUGCUGUCCAGAUGCUUCUUGAUGGCUGCAGGAGAUGCUACUGGAUUGUUCGUGAAUCGGACUCUGUUGAUGCAUUUUCAUUGCAUGAGGCAUCACGGCCUGUGGGUGAAGUGAAUGCCCUGGUUGAUGAGCUCUUAGUAAUCAUCGAACUUCUUGUGGGAGCAGCAUCUCCUUCAUUGGCUGUUGAUGAUGUCCGUUGCUUGAUUGGUUUCAUAGUUGAUAGUGCACAACCUAAUCAGGUUGCCAGGGUGUUGCACCUGAUCUAUAGGCUAGUGGUACAGCCAAAUACAUCUAGGGCACACACAUUCGCAGAGGCAUUCAUUUCUUGUGGAGGAAUAGAAACACUUCUUGUCCUUUUGCAGCGGGAAGCAAAAGCUGGUAAUCAUUCCAUUGCAGGAAGUUCUAGUGUGAAGGGUACUGACUAUGUAUCAGCUGCAGAAAGUUCUACUGUAAAGAGUACUGAAGAUGUAGCUGCAGAAAGUCCCAGCAUGAAAGUUCCUGAAAAUGUAUCAGUUGAGGGAUCUGGACUGAAAACUAGUGACGACCAACAAGGAAGCCCAGAUGACCGUCUUGGAUCUCCUGAGGAAAAAGAGUCUAUUUCUCAAGAAGGUUUUCAAUUGCAGUCUUCUGAUAGUGGUGAUAGCUCCAUCAUGGUUUCUGUGGGCAUUAAUAUUGGAAGAUCAACAUCCUCCUCUGAGAAUCAAUUUAUUAGGAAUCUAGGGGGUAUCAAUUUCUCAAUAAGUGCUGACAGUGCUAGGAAUAAUGUUUAUAAUGUUGACAAUGGUGAUGGGAUUGUUGUUGGGAUAAUUACCCUGUUGGGUGCAUUAGUGACAUCCGGGCAUUUGAAGUUCAGUUCAAAUGCUGCUUUUCCACUCACAUCAAGUAACAUUCUGGGUAAUGGACUGCCUGAUGAAGGCAACGCCAUGUUUUCUGAUAAAGUUUCUCUGCUACUCUUUGCAUUACAGAAAGCAUUUCAAGCAGCACCACAGAGGCUAAUGACUGCAAAUGUGUACAUGGCUUUAUUGGGAGCAGCGAUAAAUGUUUCUUCAACUGAUGAUGGCCAAAACCUUUAUGAUUCUGGUCACCGCUUCGAACAUGUUCAGCUUUUGUUGGUUCUUCUCCGUUCAUUGCCAUAUGCGUCCAGGGUAUUUCAAGUUCGGGCCAUACAGGAUCUUCUGUUUUUGGCUUGCAGUCACCCAGAAAAUAGAAGCAGCCUUACUUACAUGGAAGAAUGGCCAGAGUGGAUUUUGGAGGUUCUUAUUUCUAAUUAUGAGAUGGGUUCGGGCAAAUGUUCAAACGGAGUGAGCAUUUGCGACAUAGAAGAUCUCAUUCACAACUUCCUGAUCAUCAUGUUAGAGCAUUCUAUGCGCCAGAAGGAUGGUUGGAAGGAUAUUGAAGCUACAAUUCAUUGUGCAGAGUGGUUGUCUAUGGUUGGAGGAUCUAGUAUUGGAGAUCAACGAGUCAGGCGUGAAGAGUCGUUGUCUAUCUUUAAACGGAGACUUUUAGGGAGCUUGCUAGACUUUGCUGCCAGGGAACUUCAGGUCCAGACUCAAGUUAUUGCAGCAGCAGCUGCUGGUGUUGCAGCUGAGGGUUUGUCCCCACAAGAAGCUAAAGCAGAAGCAGAGUCUGCUGCUCACCUUUCUGUGGCUUUGGCAGAGAAUGCAAUUGUGAUUCUGAUGCUCGUUGAAGAUCAUUUACGGUUGCAAAGCCAAAUACAUGGUGCAUCACGUUUUGGGGAGAUUCCAGUCUCUCCUAAUUCAUUUUCUUCGUCCUCUGGUAGCCGUUCAAAUUCGUUAGGAAAAGCUGUAGGAGAAGCUCUAGAACCUGUGGGCUCUCGAAGUUUGCCAUUAUCUAGUGAUUCUGGGGGCCUUUCUCUUGAUGUUCUUGCUUCCAUGGCUGACGUGAAUGGGCAAAUUUCUGCAGCAGUGAUGGAGCGUCUUACUGCUGCUGCAGCAGCAGAGCCCUAUGAACAUGUUCGGUGUUCUUUUGUGUCAUAUGGGAGCUGUGCUUUGGAUUUAGCCGAGGGUUGGAAAUACAGGAGUCGAUUGUGGUAUGGGGUUGGCCUCUCCAAAACCACAACCUUUGGUGGUGGUGGCAGUGGCUGGGAGUCUUGGAAAUGUGCUCUGGAAAAAGAUUCAAAUGGAAGCUGGGUUGAACUCCCUUUAGUAAAGAAGUCAGUUGCCAUGCUUCAGGCCUUGUUGUUAGAUGAAUGUGGACUUGGUGGUGGGCUCGGUAUUGGAGGAGGCUCUGGCACUGGAAUGGGAGGAAUGGCUGCACUUUACCAAUUGUUGGACAGUGAUCAGCCAUUUCUGUGCAUGCUCCGGAUGGUACUUGCUUCAAUGAGGGAAGAGGACAAUGGUGAAGACGGCAUCUUUAUGAGGAAUGUUAGCAUUACAGAUGGAAUAUCUGAAGGAUUACAUGGGCAAACUGGUGACAUAGUGCCAUCAGAUAAUAAUAACCGCUUAUCAAAAAGGAAACCACGUUCAGCAUUGCUUUGGAGUGUGCUUGCACCUGUUCUGAACAUGCCAAUUUCUGAGUCCAAGAGACAGAGGGUGUUGGUUGCAUCUUGCAUUCUUUUUGCUGAGGUAUGGCAUGCUGUUGGGAGGGACAGAAAGCCUCUUCGAAGACAGUACUUAGAGGCUAUUUUACCUCCAUUUGUUGCCAUUCUGAGACGCUGGCGGCCACUUUUGGCAGGUAUUCAUGAGCUUACUUCUUCAGAUGGUCUGAAUCCCCUCGUUGUUGAUGACCGUGCUUUGGCAGCAGAUGCACUGCCUCUUGAGUCUGCUCUCGCCAUGAUAUCUCCUGGAUGGGCUGCCGCUUUUGCUUCUCCACCUGCUGCAAUGGCAUUGGCAAUGGUUGCUGCUGGUGCUGCUGGGGCUGAAACUGGGGCACCUGCUAGAAAUACGCAGCUUAGGCGUGACACAUCAAUGCUUGAGCGAAAAACAACUAGGCUACACACAUUUGCUAGCUUUCAAAGGCCUUCUGAUACACCCAACAAGUCCCCAGCUUUUCCUAAAGACAAGGCUGCAGCCAAGGCUGCUGCUUUGGCUGCUGCACGUGAUCUUGAGCGCAAUGCCAAGAUUGGUUCAGGGAGAGGUCUCAGUGCUGUUGCUAUGGCCACAUCAGCACAACGGAGGAGUGCCAGUGAUCUGGAGCGUGUGAGAAGAUGGAAUGUUUCUGAAGCCAUGGGAACUGCCUGGAUGGAAUGUUUGCAGUCAGUUGAUACAAAGUCCGUUUCUGGGAAAGACUUUUCUUCACUGUCCUAUAAGUAUGUUGCAGUCCUAGUCGCGAGUUUUGCUUUAGCAAGAAACAUGCAACGGGUGGAGAUGGAUAGGCGUGGACAAGUUGAUGUGAUAGAUCGGCAUCGUGCAUACACUGGGGCUUAUGAAUGGCGCAAACUCAUUUAUUGCUUAAUUGAAAUGAAGGUUCUUUUUGGGCCCUUUGCAGACUGUUUGUGCAAUCCUGAGAGGGUUUUUUGGAAGUUAGAUUUCAUGGAAAGUUCAUUGAGAAUGAGAAGAUGUUUGAGAAGGAAUUACAAGGGAUCUGACCAUCUGGGCGCAGCUGCUAAUUAUGAGGAUCAUCUACAGCAACUCAAACUCAAUGAAGAGAAUGCCACAUGUCAUAGUAAUGACCCAGAAGCAUCGUUUGCUGCUGGCCUUCCCUCCACUGCUUCCAUUCUGAUGGCAGAAGCAAUAUCAACCGAGGAAAGGAAUGAGGAUGAUGAGCAGACAGAUACUGAUAACUAUGAGGAUAGAAGAUAUGAUAUGGAUCAGUGUGGGGAGAAUCAACAGAGGCUCUCUGCCACUGCUGAGCAGCCCGUGCAGGGAUCAAUGGAUUAUGGAGAUGCUGAAGUAUCAAGUGGCCGAAAUUUUGUCCAAAAUGCAAUGACUGUUGCUCCUGGGUACAUGCCAAGUGAAUUUGAUGAACAAAUUAUUCUAGAACUUUCUUCAUUGAUGGUCCGGCCGCUGAGGGUUAUACGGGGAACCUUUCAAAUUACAACAAAGAGAAUCAAUUUCAUAGUUGAUGAACACAUUGAUGACUGUAUCAAGGAGGAUGGGUCAGAUUCGAGUGUGCAAAACAGAGAUCAAGGUAAGGAUAGGAGCUGGUUGAUCUCUUCUCUUCACCAAAUUUUUAGCCGAAGAUAUCUUCUAAGAAGAAGUGCACUAGAAUUGUUUAUGGUCGAUCGGUCAAACUUCUUCUUUGAUUUCGGGAGUACUGAAGGUCGCAGAAAUGCCUAUCGAGCUAUUGUUCAAGUGCGGCCUCCCCAUUUAAAUAAUAUCUAUCUAGCAACACAGAGACCUGAGCAACUUCUUAAAAGGACUCAGCUUAUGGAGCGUUGGGCUAGGUGGGAGAUUAGCAAUUUUGAAUAUCUAAUGCAGCUUAAUACCCUUGCUGGACGUAGUUACAAUGACAUCACACAGUAUCCUGUUUUUCCAUGGAUUCUCGCCGAUUACAAUUCAAAAAACUUGGAUCUUGCAGCUCCCACUUCAUAUAGAGAUCUUUCCAAGCCCAUCGGUGCAUUAAAUUCUGAAAGGCUAGAAAAGUUCCAAGAGAGAUACUCAAGCUUCGAUGAUCCAAUCAUCCCAAAGUUCCAUUAUGGUUCACAUUACUCCAGUGCUGGAACAGUUUUGUAUUAUCUUGUUAGGGUGGAACCAUUUACCACCCUUUCAAUUCAUCUACAAGGUGGAAAAUUUGAUCAUGCAGAUCGGAUGUUUUCAGAUAUAGGUGCUACUUGGAAUGGUGUUCUUGAGGACAUGAGUGAUGUGAAAGAGUUGGUUCCUGAGCUCUUUUACCUCCCUGAAGUUCUUACAAAUGAAAAUUCGAUUGAUUUUGGCACAACACAACUUGGGGGAAAGCUCGAUUCAGUAAAACUUCCUGCUUGGGCUGACAACCCUGUUGAUUUCAUUCACAAGCAUCGCAAAGCUCUUGAAAGUGAGCAUGUAUCUGCACAUUUGCAUGAAUGGAUUGAUCUUGUAUUUGGAUAUAAGCAGCGAGGGAAGGAAGCCAUUUUGUCCAAUAAUGUAUUCUUUUACAUAACAUAUGAAGGCACAGUUGAUAUUGAUAAAAUUUCAGACCCAGUACAACAACGUGCUAUGCAAGACCAGAUUGCUUACUUUGGACAAACCCCUUCUCAACUUCUGACAAUCCCACACCUGAAGAGGAGGCCAUUAGCAGAUGCUUUGCACCUGCAGACCAUCUUUCGGAAUCCGAAUGAGAUCAGACCGUACAUAGUUCCAAAUCCAGAGCGGUGCAAUGUGCCUGCUGCUGCUAUUUUUGCAUCAAUGGACUCUGUUAUAAUUGUUGAUGAAAAUGCUCCAGCUGCACAUGUUGCGAUUCACAAAUGGCAGCCAAACACACCAGAUGGCCAUGGCACACCUUUCCUAUUUCAACAUGGGAAAGCCAUAGCAAGUUCCACCAGUGGAGCUUUUAUGCGCAUGUUCAAAGGGCCAGCUGGAUCAGGUGUGGAAGAAUGGCAUUUCCCCCGGGCGUUGGCAUUUGCAACAUCUGGAAUCAGAAGCUCAGCCAUUGUUGCAGUCACAUGUGACAAAGAAAUCAUCACUGGUGGCCAUGCAGAUAACAGUGUGAAGUUGAUCUCAUCUGAUGGAGCAAAGACCAUUGAAACAGCAGUAGGGCAUUGUGCACCAGUCACCUGCCUAGCUCUCUCACCUGAUAGCAACUACCUCGUGACGGGAUCUCGAGAUGCAACUGUGAUACUGUGGAGGAUACACCGGACAUCUGUAUCCCAUUCAAGCAACAUUUCAGAACCUUCCACCACAGCAGCAACACCUACCGGUAGUCCUCUUGCGGGUGGUAGCUUAAACAGCUUUACAGACGCUAGCCGGAGGCGUCGUGUCGAAGGUCCUAUACAUGUUCUAAGAGGCCAUCUCAGGGAAAUAACAUGCUGUUAUGUCAAUUCUGAUCUGGGUAUUGUUGUUUCAUGCUCUCUUUCUUCUGAUGUGCUUCUGCAUUCUACAAGGCGGGGUAGGCUGAUCAGAAGGCUGGCCACUGUGGGGGCACAUGCAGUCUGUCUUUCAUCCGAAGGAGUAAUAAUAACAUGGAAUAAGUCAGAGCGAAAGCUUAGCACCUUCACAAUCAAUGGGAUUCCCAUCACAACAGCAAUUCUAUCUCCUUUUUCAGGCAGCAUCAGCUGCAUGGAGGUUUCUCUUGAUGGAGAAAAUGUUCUGAUCGGGACAAGCUCAUGUUCUGUUGAUAAGACAAGAGAGAACUAUGGCACUGGUGAUAGCAGAGAGUUGGGGUCAGACCAAUCCAAAAUUGAGGAUCUUACAUUAUUAUCAUGUGAGAAAAAUGUGAAGAGGUUGGCUGUUUCAGUGCCAUCCAUUUGCUUCCUGGAUUUGCACACACUGAAGAUAUUUCACACCUUGGAGCUACAAGAAGGGCAAGAUAUUACGGCAAUGGCUCUGAACAAAGAUAACACAAAUCUUCUGGUGUCAACGGCAGAUAGACAGUUGAUGAUCUUCACUGAUCCAGCUUUGAGCUUGAAGGUGGUGGAUCAAAUGCUUCGGCUUGGUUGGGAGGGUGACGGGCUCAGUCCUCUCAUUAAAUGAAAGUCUCAAGUCCCUUGUAUUUUGUUCAGAGGAAGGGGAGUGUAACAGAUGCCUCUGAAACAGUACCGAGCUUCUUCGCUGUAUCGAAUGCAGAUGUUAAUGUGGUGAGCAAUCUUGCAAAAUGCGUGAUUUCUGUAUGUAGCUGAGGGAUUUUUGGAUGUAACAUAUGUACCCAUAAAGCCGGCGGGAUAAUUUUACAUGUCUAGACUAAUCUUGUAUAGGGUUUUUUCCACUCUGUUUUGCCUUGAUUGCAUUCGUUCAGUAUUCAUUCCUAUGGAAGGAUCUGGUUUUUCCAUGGCCAUUUCCAAUUUAGUUUUUCUUAGUCUUUUUUAUAUUUUACUCGCUUUCCAAAUGAAAAUUUAUAUUAAUUUGGUGAAGGAAUUGAAUUCCCUUUC